UGAAACAGAGUUUUUCUCUCAUUGUAUAUCCAAGAGAUUCGAACCCAUAAUCUCACUUUGAUUUCUUAACAGAGUUUUUCUCUAUAAAAAGAAGAGAAAAAUACAGUUAGAGAGUCAUUCAGAUCUGAAAAAUGGAAGCCCAUCUCCAGCUUUAUGAGAUAAUGCUUUCUGCUGCAAAGCCCAUGGCUCUCAAAGCUGCUGUCUUGCUUAACAUCCCACAGAUUAUGGCUACACAUGGCAGAGAAAAUUCUCUCUCUGUGGUUGAAAUUGCUCAACAUAUUUCUGCCUCCACAAAAGAUAAGGUUCCACAGAAGGAAAACUUGUCUAGGAUUCUGAGAUUGCUGGCUUCUUGUGGGGUCUUCACUGAAGAUGUAGAUGAGCAAACCAAGCAAAUGAAAUAUGGGUUGAACAGUGUUUCAAAAUUGCUAGUGAAGGAAGAAAACAGGGAUUCCUGUGAGCCAUUUCUGAGGUUGGUGACAGAGAAAGUUUAUGUGGAUCCUCAACACCAUUUUCAUGAUGCUGUGCUGGAAGGGUGUCAUCCCUUUAUCAAAGUCCAUGGCAUGAGCCCAUGGGAAUAUGUGGGUACAAAUGCUGAAGCCAACAAUCUUUUUAACCAGGCCUUGGCCUGCCAUACAAAAGAUAUCAUGGCUUCUGUGGUGAAGAUGUAUGAUGGGUUCAGGAGUGUCAGAACUGUGGUGGAUUUAGGUGGAGGACUGGGCUCUGCAUUGUCUGUUAUAGUUGCUCAAUAUCCACACAUUCAGGGCAUUAACUUUGACUUGCCGCAUGUCAUUGCAACUGCACCUCUCAUAUCAGGAGUGGAGCAUAUUGGUGGAAACCUGUUUGACAAAAUUCCUUGUGGAGAUAUAGUUUUCAUGAAGUCAAUUUUACAUGAUUGGGAUGAUGAUCAUUGCAUAAAAAUGUUGAAGAAGAGCUAUGAAGCAACACCAAAAGAUGGGAAGGUCCUAAUCAUUGAUGCAGUAAUUGAUGGUUCCCAAGGAAGUGUAAAUCAACUAGGAUUAUUGUUUGACAUACAUAUGAUGAUCUAUACUAUGGGUGGAAAGGAGAGAAGUGAAGAAGAAUUUAGCCAAUUAUUUUUCAAAUCGGGAUUUAAGAGCUAUAAUAUCAUGAAACUACCUUUUCUCCAAGUUCUUAUAGAAGUUUGUAAGUCUUAAGCAUGCCUAAGACAUCAUAAUGCUAUAUUUUCCUUUAAAUAAUUCUAGAAGUAUCUCUAUCUUGAGACAUACUUUCAUCUAA